AUGCUAUCAGGCAACCCGACCCUAAAGCCUGUAGGGCUAAUGGGCGCUUACCACACCAUGUGGCAAGCUGGGUUGCUCAUUAACCUUGCGGGCUGUCAGGCCACGUCUGUUGGUAACAAAUAUGGAGGACUUGCGCCAAAGAAGAAGCCAUUGAUCUCAAAGGACCAUGAACGUGCCUUUUUUGAUUCAGCAGAUUGGGCCUUAUGCAAGCAAGGUGCAGGAGUGAAUCCAAAAUCAACUGUGGCCAUAGAGACAUUGCGACCAAAAUUACAGAGAACGCCUCACCAACAACUACCCCCUCGGAGACCUGCUUGCACAUCUGGAAGGGACAGUCUUGUGAGUUCCUAA